UACAUUUUAUGCUCUCUGGUUGUUGUCGUCAAAUGUGUUCAGUUAAAAUCUAAGGAAGACACUGAACACUCAGUAAACAUGAGGUUUCUACUGCAGCAGAAGGAAGACCAGAUUUCUGCAGAUUUCAGUUUCGCUUAUAAUCACGAUAUCAUUGGUUGAGAUUAUUCACUGGAGGUGGGUGUUAGAAAAUCAGAUGUUCAAGUUAUCGUCUGGCACUAACAAUAUACUCAAUCAUACCAUUGGAAGAUCAUUUACAUGUGCUGGUGUAAAGCAUGUUCCUGUGGCAAUAUCUGACACUGCUCCUGCCGAUAACUGUUCAAAUAUGCAAAGCUCAGAGAUGUGACGAAUUUUCAGAUCUAGAUCUCAGUCACGCGAUCAUUGGAACCAGCCUCAAGACCAGGUUGUUGCUAUACACCAGGGAUAAUGGCACCUGUGGCACACUGGUGUCCCACACCGACCUGUCCGCACAUCCCCAGUUCAACUCGUCCAGACCGACCACCUUCAUCAUUCAUGGGUAUCGGCCAAAUGGAUCUCCACCGAUGUGGAUGCAGAAGUUCACGGAGCUGCUGCUGGCCAGGGCAGACCUCAAUGUCAUAGUGGUGGACUGGAACCACGGAGCUGCCAAUCUCAAUUAUUUCAAGGCAGUGGAGAACACGCACAAGGCAGCCGACAACCUCACCGCGUUCAUUGAAAUGAUGCAGAGGCACGGCGCCACUCUGAGCUCCAUCCACAUGAUCGGAGUCAGCCUUGGGGCUCAUAUAUCAGGCUUCGUAGGCGCCAAACUGAAUGGGUCGAUUGGAAGAAUUACAGCUCUGGAUCCAGCUGGGCCUCAGUUCAGAGGCACCCUUCCAGAGGACCGCCUGGACCCCACAGACGCCCAAUUUGUCGAUGUCCUGCACACAGACAUAGAUUCCCUGGGCUUCAGAGAACCUCUGGGUCACAUUGAUUUCUAUGCUAAUGGUGGAGCGGACCAACCCGGCUGCCCGAGGACCAUCCUUUCUGGAGGAUCCUAUUUUAAAUGCGACCAUCAGAGGUCAGUGUUGCUCUUCUUCGACUCUUUCAAUGGGACGUGUACCAGCAGAGCCUACCCCUGCACCUCCAACAAGGACUUCCUGGAUGGUGACUGCAUGAGCUGUGACCGCUUUGGUGCUGCUGGAUGUCCUGUCUUUGGGUACGAUGUGACAAAGUGGAGAGAUGUCCUGCUGACGCUGGGCCAAACAAAAACCUUCUUCACCACAAAUACAGACCCUCCGUUCUGCAGGACAAACUACAGGGUGGAGGUGAUGAUAUGGAACGGGGAUUUACGUUUUGGAUACAUCACGAUUAAACUUCACAGUAACGGUAAAGAAGCAGUGGCAACCAUUGACCAUAAAGCAUCAGAGUUCAAGAAGUACACAGAGACCACGUUGUUGGCCCAGUUUGACAAAGACAUUCAGUCGGUGAAAGAAGUGUCUCUCAAAUUCUCCACUGGGAAUGCAUUGAAGCCCAAAUAUAAGCUCCGUGUCCUCCGAAUCCGUCUCACACAUCUGGAACGCGAGGAGAGGCCUCUCUGUCGAUACGACAUUCUGCUGCAGCAGGACAAAGAGGUCUCCUUCAGGCCAGUUCUCUGUGAAGAGUCCAACUUCUGAGACCAAACUCGACACCAUGUCAAACAUUUUAAACUUUGCUGGUGCUGGCAGAGAUUCAGCCGACUGUUCAGUCCCUCCGGGAUUGUAAAAGAAAACAAAGACUGUAAAGAAAAAAAACUAACGUGGCUGCAUUGUGAUCUUUUCGGAUCUAAAAAUGAAAUGUAAUAUACUUUAUUAUGUACAUGUGUUUUUAAGAGAAAAUAUAUAGUUUUUUGAUUGAAAAAAAAACAACGUUAUUUAUUUGCAUUUCAUUUGUAAGGGGACUUGGACUUUUCGAAUUGAAAAAUAAAUUCAUCUCAUAAU